ACUGUCUAUACCAGUAUCAAACGAUACCAUCAGAAGGCGAAUUUGCGACAUGUCCAAUGACAUCCAAUUACAAUUGGUUGAGCGCCUACAAAGCAGUACAUUUGCCAUACAGUUGGACGAAAGUACCGAUAUUGCAGGCCAAGCGCAGUUACUGGUCUACGUUAGAUAUUGCUUUGACAAUGAUGUGGUCGAGGACUUUCUGUUCUGCAAACCUGUGCCACUUAGAACGACAGGUGAAGAUUUAUUUGCAAUGCUAAAUGAUUUCUUCAUUGCUAACAAGCUUGAGUGGUCCAGCUGUAUUGGAAUUUGUACGGACGGAGCUGCAGCAAUGACAGGUCAUAAAAGUGGGGUUGUUGCACGCGUACGAACUGUUUCUCCGAAUAUUAUUUCCACACAUUGCAUGAUUCAUCGCGAAGCUCUUGCUAGUAAGAAUUUAAAUGAAUCCUUCGGUGAAGUGCUAAAUACAUGCAUUAAACUAGUUAAUUGGAUAAAGUGCAGACCGUUGAACGGACGACUGUUUGCUGCACUGUGCGAAGAAAGCGGCUCAGAUCAUCGACAUCUGCUGCUACACACAGAGGUUCGCUGGUUGUCACGCGGAAAGGUACUUCAACGUGUCUUCGAGCUUCGCAGUGAACUGGCAUCAUUUUUGAUGGACAAAAACUCAGAGCUGGUGAAGUUUGUUUCAGAUAAUGUAUGGCUUGCAAAAUUGGCUUACCUGGCUGAUAUCUUUUGUCAACUUAAUGCACUUAACACAUCACUGCAAGGCAGAGAUUCAAGCAUGUUGAAAACAACAGACAAGGUGAAGGUUAAAAGUAAGGUUUUUCAGACCGGGGCAAGACCAGUAAUGAUGUAUGGAAUUGAGACAUGGACAGUAAAGGGAGAACAGAAGAAGAAGUUGAUUGUGGCAAAAUUAGGAAUGUUGAGAGCUAAUAAAAAAUACCCAAGAAGGACAACUGACUCAAGCCCACCGCACCGAGAAAACUCCAUCCCUUCUGGUCUCAGCCCUAUAAAGUCAGCCCAUUCCUGGAAGGUGGCAUCAGACUCCAAGCAGGCUCUAGUAGGGGGACAGACCUUCUACAAGUCCAAUCAAGAGCUAAAAGCCGUUAACUGA